AUGCUCGACUGGGUGGUGCAGCGCGGGGGAGAGUACGCCGCGCAGGGCUUGGUGAACUACAUCGCGCGGUGCCCAGCGGCGCCGCCGUGCCCUGCCUGCCCGGCGCUCACCUGCCAGGCUUGUGGCGUCUGCCAGGCGCCCGCCUGCCCGGGCCUCUCGUGCCCGGCCUGCCCGACCUGCCCGGGCCUCGCGCCGGCGGCGGGGGCGGCGGCGUGCCCGGCCUGCCCGGAGGCCCCGGAGGCAGCCCCGUGCGCCGGGCACGGCUGGGGGCUGCUCUGGUUCGUGUGCGGCGUGGCCUGCGGCCUCGCGUCGUCCGCUGCGCUGCUGGGCGCUUGGCGCGCGGCUCGGUGCCGCGGCAGGCGCGGGCGGGCUGCCAUCCAGGGCUACUCGGAGCCAGGGCGUGCCCCCGUGAGCGAUGGCGACGUCUGGCACCAGAGGCUGGUGCUGGGGCAGGUGGCGCUGUCGGGUGGUAGCCUCUUCGUGAUCGCCACGCCCGACCGCCACGUGUACGCGGAGGACUACAGCGCAGGGUCAGCCGACGUGGCAGCCGUGAGGUGGGCCGCGGCCUUCAACGUGCUGCCGGACGGCAUCCCUCCUGGGGACGUAUACCGUUUCCGGGCGGAGCCGACGGCGGCACAGCAGGCCGCCUUCCUCGCCGCGGCGGUGCCCGAGGCCGCGGGCGAGUGCGCCGGGCUGGCCGCGGCCCAGGGCGUGGCAGCCCCGGCGGUGGACGCCCACUGCCUGCUGCCGGUCCCGGUGGGCGGUCCCGCGGCCGGGGCAGGGGCUGCCCCGGUGGUGGCCGCUGCGGGCGCGGGGUCGUGGCUGUUGGUGCGGCCGACGGACGUGGGGCUGCUCGCUGGGUCGCCGCCGAGUGUGUUCGGCGGCUACCGCGUGGGUGACGACGUGCCCCACCAGGCCGGAGCGGGCAUUGUCGGGGACAAGGACAUCCACAGGCUAGCGGACGGCUCGGGCCUCUUCGUGCAGUACCUGCGGCCGAGCGACGAGCAGGAGUUCUUCGACCGCAUCGUGGCCAGCGACGCCCGCAUCCUCCCAGUGCGGCGCAACAGGCUCGGGCGGCGGGAGCGGACGUGGGCGGACAUGUGUGCCGCGGUGACGAAGGAGGAUUUCGGCAAGGACUGGACGCUCGGUGGCGUCCGGACGGCGGGCUGGUGCCUGGAGCACAUCAACUCGGAGGGAGGCAGCUUGGAUGCGCACCACGAUCGGUUUCGGUCGCUGUGCCGCCUGGAGCCCAACGCAUGGGGAGUGGCCGAGCACCUCCACCUCACGGCGGCCGUCAAGGCCGGCCUCCUCGUCGACCAGCUCGAUGGCACGAACCUCGCCAUGGUCGAGAUGCUGCUGGGGAGGAUGCAAACGAUUGAAUUCGCCCACCUCGAGCGGGCGAAGGAGGCCGAGGCAAAAGGAUACAGUGGCCGUCUCAGCCUCGAGGAGCAGCAGGCAUUCUCGGGGCUCAGCCGGGGCUCGGGGCAGCUGAGGAUUUGUCCGGAGCUCCUCGACGUGGUUCGGAUCGACGUGGAGCGGGAGGCGCAGCUCAACAAGGCCCUACGGAAGGGGCGCGAGGAGCGAGAUGCCGCCCGCAAGAAGGGCGGGGGCGACAAGUCGUGA